UUCACUCGAAAAGAAAAAAGCUUUUUCAUAGGUUAUUCCAUUGCUAUGAGAGAAUCAUCAUCGACUUCUUAUCAUGUGUUUUUGAGUUUUAGAGGAGAGGAUACUCGAACCAAUUUUACCAGUCAUCUUGUCAUGGCUUUGCAGCAAAAGUGUGUCAACGUCUUCAUAGAUGACAAGCUCGAAAGGGGUGAACAAAUUUCUGAAUCUCUUUUCCGAUCUAUAGAGGGAGCUUUGAUUUCUAUUGUUAUAUUAUCUGAGAAUUAUGCAUCUUCUUCUUGGUGUCUGGAUGAAUUGGUGAAAAUAAUCGAAUGUAAGAAAUCUAAGGAUCAGAAAGUUUUGCCAAUUUUCUAUUACGUGGAUCCAUCAACUAUACGAAAACAAACCGAAACUUUUGGAGAAGCAUUAGCCAAACAUCAAGCUGAGUUCAAGACGAAAAUUCAAAUUUGGAGGGAAGCUUUAACUACGGCUGCCAACUUGUCUGGUUGGCAUCUCAGACCUAGGUAUGGUAGGAAUGAGGCUGAUUUUAUUCAAGACAUUGUUAAACAAGUGUUGUGUAUGUUAAAACGCACUUGCACACCCUUAUAUGAAGAAAGUACAAAGUUACACUCUCAGUCACAACCAAAAUGCUCUGAUACCAAUUGUUGUACUCCAAUACCACAACCUAAAUGUUCUGAUACCAAUUGUUGUACCCUAACGCCACAACCAAAAUGUUUUGAUACUAAUUGUUGUACCCCAAUGCCACAACCAAAAUGCUCUGAUACCGAUUGUUGUACCCUAAUACCACAACCAAAAUGUUCUGAUACCAAUUAAUGUAGAGGAAGCGGAAGCAAGAUCGAUCGUACUCACAUAUCCACAAACAAUUGAUUUGUUAUCGAAUCUUCAUUAACUUAGUCUUAAUGGAUGUUCUAGAUUUGAAAUGCUUCCCCAUAAAUUGGGCUCAACAAUCCAUCCAAUAUUCUUUUUUUUUCAAGUUAUGGAAACUUGGUCGAAUUUCUACAUUUAUCAGUUUCAAAAGAGAGCCUAUGUUUUCUCGUUUCAGAUGGUUUGGAAAUUUUGUGUGAUGUCACCCCAUCCUUAUCUAGUCUAUUCUUGUCAUAAAACAAUUUCUUUCGUCUAUCCUCAUGU